AGGAAAUAAACAAUUGCGCUCAAAUUCAUUGUUAAAGUAAAAGAGCAACAAAGCAAGGUUGCAUUGCACUAACACAACAACAGGUAAUUUCCCUUUCCUAUUGGUUUGGCGCAAAUGAUUGUGAACAUAUUCUUCACUUGAAUAAAAUUAAUAUGGCUCAUCAAAAUGGAAAUAUUAAAUUUCGGAAAAUAUUGGGUAACGGAUGUGCGUUUUCUGGACAGCAUUCGGAAUUAAAGACAUCAAAUGCAACUCUAAGUCAAGACUCCAACCAAAAACAACAGAAAUAUCCCUCACAUUUCAUUGUGAACAGCGAAGGAAGUGAAUAUAACAACAGCAAAAACAAUUUGUGUAACGCUGCCCCUGUGUUGAAUAGCUCCACACCACUGAAUCAGAAUCAUCAAGUCAUGGACCAUAUUAGAUUGCCAAUUAUGAGUCAAGAAAUGCAUGCUCUUUGGCCAUUUGGUACAACCACUUUCCUCUCACCGAUGAUACCAGCUAAUGUGGCAGUGCCAUACGCUGCAAUAGCUGCAGGCCCGUAUGCAGCAACAACCGUUCCAUUUUUUCAGGGCACACAACAGUGCAAUAUUGGUUCACCACUUUCAAGUUUUUCAAGCACCUCGUCGUCAUCGGCAGCAAGUCAACAGAUUCAAAUGCCACAACAAGACCGUAGUGCCAAUUCCAAUGGCACAUCAGGCAAUCAGAAUGAUUCCAAUAAGAUAAACAUACAAAUUCAAUGUGUUUCCCAAAACUCACCAAUGAAUUUGAAUUCGAUUUAUGAUUCGGCAACUAAAUUAAAUUUGGGAAAAUUUUGCUACUCAUCUUGUCACAAGAGCGAGAAAGAUAAUAAAGAUUCCAAUGGCUCCUUGUGUAAUUCACCCAUACCUUUACAUCCUGAUGAUUGUGCCGCUGGUGGUGAUGCUGCAUGCCUAAAUUUUGCCAGAUCCAACGGCUGUCAAGCCACUGCAAAUGGGGUCUAUCUUUCUCAGGCUAGAUUUAAUGACUUGAGACGACUAGCACUCAGAGGAAGCGAUAUAGCAGAGAAUUUGGCAAAAACCCAUCGCAAUCGUCCAUGUUUUAAGAAAAUCGAUAGCCUUUGUGCUCGUUUGAAACAAGAUUUAAUACGUCCCGACGGAGUGCUGCCAAACAUUAAUUCACAGGGUAUUGCAUGGGCUGUAAAAGAUUUCAUUUUUGUAUUUACCCGCAUCAUAAAUGCAUGGAUUAUUAUUAAGGGCUAUGUUUACAAUACUCCGGAGGGUCUAAACAAGGUAAAAGCUGCUCUUAGUCCAGAUUUUGCCCUGGCAUUUGCUGCCUGGCAAGAUACAACCAUGGAUUUCAUUGAAAGCCUUAUCAAAUCAUUUGUCAAUUUGGAUAAUUUGGUACAAUCACAAAAGAAUGCCUAUCAAAAAUCUGAUGCAGCUGCGGGGGGACUUAAUACCAGUAACUCCCCUAUCAAACUUUUGUCCACCACACCCAAUAUUUUGUUGGACGAUAGUCUGGAUCAAAACAACAAUUAUUUAAAUAGAAAUUAUAUUUACACAAUGGUCGAAGAUUCAGAAGAUAGUCAACGUCAGGCCACGGUAAAUGGAACAUACUUUAAAACUGGCACAUAUAAUCCCAUCAAAAAAGAUGAACUUAUAGCCGGUGAACCGAUCGCAUCAUUAAUUGUCAAUAACAGUAAUAUUAAUGCCGAUGGUUUAACAUUGUCUGCAUCGCAACUUCCAACUAAGAAUAUGACAGCAAACGAGACGGUUGUACCAUUUCAAAAUUAUUUCAAUAAUCAAAUCAUGGAAUGUUGUCCAACAUCAAAUGGCAAUUACCAAUUAUCGGAUACUCCUCUGACCACCAUGGAAUUUAUGAAAUCGAAAGAAAAUAAUGCUUUGAAUUACGAUUUGCAUGUAUUACAACAAAAUUUGGCAGGCAUACAAGUACAGUGCCACAAUGUGGAGAAUAAAAUGAGGAAAAAUAUUGGAAAUGUUUCAAAGAUAAAUGCCAUGAAAGAUCGCAUUAUGACAAUGCAAAAUGCUGAUAUGUUUUUUAAAUUUCAAUUUACCAAAAAUUAUUUUCCAGAUUUCAUUAGCAAAUAUCAACAUGAAAUUAACGAUGUACGCUCUAUUAUUUUGAAAUGUGAAGAUGACAAAAAUGGUUAUGAAAACGUCGCAGAAUUGGUUAAUGAUGUCAUGAGGCUCAUAAACACUGGCAAGGAAUAUAUGAAGACCAACAAUGAUGAAAAAUUUGAAAAAGCAAUCAAUUUGUUUGAGACAGAGUUCAAUAAAUUAAUUUCCGAUCAAAAGAAUUGAAAUUCCUCUGUUGAAUAGUAUAUGUAAGCAGAAGAACAAAAGAAGAUGCCAUUUAGUCGAAUAAAGAACUACUAACUCAGAGAAAUCGUUAAAUUUUCAUUUUUAAUUAUAAUUUAAAAUUUAUGCCAUGACAAAUUUGUUAUAAUUUAUAUUAUUUUCAAUUUCACUGUUUAUUGUCACAAUAGUUCAUCAGUUUGUAAUGCAUUUUAAAAUUAAAUAAUUUUCAAUGUCUCGAAAAUUAAAAUUGAAUUAAAAAAAUAGAAACGAAUGUCUAGUGUAUGCAAUUAAUCUGUUUUAUGUAAUUAAAUUUUAAGUUAUGAAUUAGUUUUUAAGAGAUAAUUAAAAAUACCCCGAAAUUGAUUAAAUAGAUUGUAAAAAUA